AUAUUUUGUGUUUUAACAGGUAUCCAGCAUCCACAGCCUUCCGGUGAUUCACUGCUCUUGGAAGUAGUAAAAUAAGUAAAAGUUAGUGAAAUGGAGGAGGAUAAAUUUGACCUUUCUGAAGAGGACACGACAGCUAGAGUAAAUAUAAAAGAGCAAGUUAUUACCCUGUGUGAAAACAUCAACCUCGUGGAGUUGAGACUCAUUCAGCCAUAUGAACAUGUUAUGACAAACUGUAUCUGUGAGAUCAGACUUCAGAGCCUGGAAAUGGAAAACCUGGCCAUUGCCGUGAAGAGAGCCCAGGACCAGGCAGCCGUGCAGCUGAGUGCGCUGGAAGAGGAAGUGGGUCAGAGGAUUCAGGCAGCAGAACACAAGACACGGAAAGAAGAAAAACGGAAAGCUGAAGGAGCUCUUAGUGACCUCAGAUGUCAGUGUGAAACAGGAGAUCUGCAGGUGACCAUUAAAAAACUCAAAAAUUCUUCGCCAACCAAGUCCCACAUGUCCAGUGACCUGGAUGCUCCAUGA